AUGGAAAACAUGGUUGAAGAGAAUAAUAAUUAUUUGGAAACAACCAUGUUCUUUCAUCCAGAUAGCUACUUGGAUGAGCCAAUUAUGUCGUCAUACUAUGAUUCAAGCUCACCAGAAGGGGCACAAUCAUCGAAGAACAUUGUAUCAGAAAGGAUUAGGAGGAACAAACUCAAAGAGAAGUUAUUUGCACUUAGAGCUCUUGUUCCAAAAAUAACCAAGAUGGAUAAAGCCUCAAUAGUGAAAGAUGCAAUUGGCUAUAUUGAAGAAUUGCAAAAGCAAGAUAGGAGAAUUCAAGGAGAGCUAUCAGAGCUUGAAUCUGAAACCUCAAACAAGAAUAGUACCCAUCUUCAACAUGAAACCUUUGAUUUUUCAAAGCCUAAAAGACCAACAACACUUGAUGAGCAGCAGUAUGGAUAUCAUUCUUCCCCUAUUGAUGUUCUUCAGUUGAGGGUAUCUUCAAUGAGAGAUAAGACAGUGGUGGUGAACCUCACUUGCAUCAAAAGAAGAGACACAAUGGUAAAACUUUGUGAUGUUUUUGAAUCUUUGAAUAUCAAAAUAAUUUCUGCAACUAUCUUUGCUUCCUCUGGGACACUUCUCCACACAUCUUUCAUUGAGGCUGAUGAGGAAGAGAGCAAUCUUUUGAAGUUGAGGAUUGAAACUGCUAUAGCUUCUCUAAAUAAUCGAGAUAGCCCUAUGAGUUCUUAG